AUGUCUGCAAAGGAGGAUGGUGCGCAAACAAGUGGCCAUGCAAGGGGAUACUUGGCGGUAGCGAGUGAUGAGCCGGUCACUGGCAUCGUGAUGGAAAAUGAAGUGCCUCAUCGACUAACUGCCUUCGAUUUUCCCCGUGAUUGGGAGCACGACCUUUGCGUUUGCUGCUCGGAUUGCCAGUCGUGUGGGGAAGCGUGGUGCUGUUUCUACUGCCAGCUGUCUCGUCAAUUCAACAUGAUCUACAAGAAUAACCCCACGAUUAACUGGCCCGUGGCUGCUUUGGCAUGCGCAGGUGAUCAAUGCUUCAUGGGCUUGGUGUCCAUAUUUAUCCACUUUGUGGUACGCAACAAAGUGCGGAGACUCCUCAACAUUAGUGGCGUAGACUUGAAUGACGGCCUUGUAGUUUGCCUCUGUGGACCAUGCGCCCUGCAACAGUCGUUAAAGGAGAUGACAGGCUCUGGAAUGUUCCCAGGAGCGUGUUGCUAUGAUAUUCCUCAUGCGGUGAGGAUGCGGUAG